AUGAAGAUGAAGCUGGUCUUGGUCCUGUCCUGUGUGGCCUGUGUUUGUGCAGAUGGUAAGGUUCUGCAUGACAGCUUCGCAGCAGUAGGAUGCUCAGAGUCUGAUGGUGUGAGCGUGCUGACACUGGAUGGUGAAGAGAUUUGGCACGCUGACUUCGCCCGUGAGACAGGAGUGGACACGCUGCCGGACUUUGUCCAACAUAUCAGUUUUGAAGGACUUUACAGCCUGGCUGCGGAUGGAAGGAAGGUCUGCAAAGAAAACUUGCCAAAGGUGCGUGAGGGUCUGAAGGACUUCCCAACAGCACUCGAUCCUCCUUACAGUUUUAUCUACUCAGCCCACAGCGUGGAGCCCGGACUGAAGAACACUCUGAUCUGUCGUGUCUCCGGGUUCUGCCCUGCUCCUGUUAAAGUCCACUGGACCAGGAAUGGACAACACGUGUCCGAGGGAACCAGCAUCAAUGUUCCUUUUCCAAACAAAGACCAAACCUUCUCUCAGAUCUCCAGGCUGGACUUCAUCCCACAGCUGGGAGACAUCUACAGCUGCACAGUGGAACAUGUGGCCCUGAAAGAACCACAGACCAGGAUCUGGGAUGUUGACGUCCAUGCCUCUUUGGGCAUGCCUGAAGCACCUAGGGAGGCGCUCAGGGAGCAUCCUUACCAGAGGUGA